UCAAGUAGUCUACUAGCUAUGUUUCGUUUAAUUCCAAAAUGGCCUAUUUUGUUUUGGAAAAUGUUUAGUGUAAUUUCUAUCGAUUUCCAUUACAAUAAAUGGCAAAUCGUUUUUUCUACGUUCUUAAUAAUAUCAUCUGCUUAUAAUUUCUACAUGACACCUGCAGUUGUAUGUGCACUGGAUGGAAGAUGCGAUGGUUCUUUAUCCACAGUAAUAAAGGGACUGUUUAUAAGAGUAGUGUCUAGUACUUGUAUGAUAUCAAGACUAGUUAUAUUCCUUAAAGGUAAUAAUAAGUUGAUAGAGUACAAGAGAAACGUAGAAAAAUUUCACUUAUUUAAACCAAUGACACGAUUUGAAACGGAAAUAUUGAAAAAAGUAUCAACUCGAAUUGUGGUAUUAUGUUUAUUACUAACUGUACCAGUAAAUUCUUUUAGACUGUGGAAGAUGGCUUACAGAGCGGAUUUUACAAUAUUAAUUUUCGUUUGUAUGUACGUUCAGAACAUGAGUAUGUAUUGCGUAGAAACUCAUUUUACCGUCUUGUGUUUUAUCCUCUACCAAAAGUUCGUUGGUAUCAACAAAGAUUUAAUGGCACUUAAAAUCGAUACAGUCGUACGCAACAAAUACCCGUUCAUGUUGAGGGCAAGAGAAAAAUGUGGAAAAAUCAUUAACACCGUCGAUUACAACAGAGAUAUUUUGCAAACGCUGGCCGCCGGUCACUCGAUGGCCAACUUUGUAGAGCAAAUUAAAGUCAAACACAGAUUGGCCCGCGAAGCAAUGAACAACUUGAACGAUUGGUUUGGAGUUCAAUUGGGACUGUCCAUCUGUUCGCUGUGUCUGUUCUCCAUGUUUGACUUGUACUAUCAUAUUCGGGGAAUAAUGAAUCCGACCAAGUCUAAUAUACUAAUAUACGGUUGGAUUUUACAAUACAGCGUUCGAUUUGGAUCCAUUACAAUUCUAGCGCACCUAACAUCAAAACAAGCACUAAAAUCUAAAAUACUCAUUACGGACAUAAGUAAUCGUUAUUUAGACAGGAAUACGAAAGAAGAGAUACAAUUGUUCCAUAAUCAAAUGUGCAGUUGUGCGAUUCAAUUUACUGCUUGCGAUUUCUUCACAUUGAAUACUCAUCUAAUCACAUCUGCGAUUGCUGCUGCAACGACAUAUCUCGUAAUAUUAUUACAAUUCAACUAGGUAAACUAUUUUCAAUUAUACCUACUUGCAUUUUC